UAAAAGGAAACAUACACACACACACACACGCACACGCACGCACAAGCGCUGCUGCUGCUUAAGUGUCGUUCGUGAAUAACUUUGUGCGUUUGGAGAGCGUGCGCAAAACGCUAUGGAGACGCGCGCGAUAAAGCAGUAGCCUCACUGGAGAGAAACCAGACUUCCCAGUAACUUCCCAGUUUAAGACGAACUUGACCGAGGGAUAACCUGUAGACUGAGAUAUGCAGCCGUUGAAGGACACGACAGGAAACAAGCCUGUACGGUGAUAUGCCACUGGCUUCCAGACUGGCGCGGCUGAAGGCUAUGGAAGAGUCUGGGAACGUGAGUUUCUCUAACUUUUCCAGGCUGGAGAGCGCGGGCACUUCGAGUGGCUCUCAAGCGGUGCGCUUCUCGGUGUCGAUCGUCUACUCGUUUGUGUGCGCCGUCGGUCUGGUUGGCAACGUGUUGGUUUUUUACCUGAUGAGGUCGCGGCAAGGCAGGAGGUCGUCCACGAUCAACCUAUUCAUCCUGAACUUGGCGGCUACCGACUUCCAGUUUGUGCUGGUCAUGCCCUUCUGGGCCGUGGACACGGCGCGUGAUUUCAGCUGGCCGUUCGGCCACGUUAUGUGCAAGGUGGUACUCUCUGUCACGGUGAUGAACAUGUACGCGAGCGUGUUCUUUCUCACGGCCAUGAGCAUUACGCGCUACUGGGCAGUUGCGUCGGCGCUGAAGGACCGCAGUCGGCACUACGUCUGCUCGGGUCGCUGGGUGAGCGCUCUGCUUUGGCUCCUCGCAACGAUCGCCACAACACCCACCAUCAUCUUCUCCACGGAGAAAGAAGUGCUCGGGGAAAACCUGUGCUUGAUGAGUUUCCCCGGUGGAAACCACUGGCUCGGCUUGUACCACUUACAGAAAGUUUUACUCGGCUUCGUUUUCCCUAUGCUGAUCGUGUGCGUGUGCUACGUGCUCCUCCUGCGCUUUUUAAGCCUUCGCAGCAUGAACAACAACCUUCAGAGUAGGAAAACCAGGGUCACCAGAUCAGUUACAGUCGUUGUGCUUUCGUUUUUCAUCUGCUGGAUGCCAAACCAAGCCUUGACUCUUUGGGGCGUCUUGGUGAAACUGGACGUCUUGCACUUUGAUCAAACGUACUACAUGGUCCAGACGUACAUUUUCCCUGUGACGGCUUGCCUGGCGCACACCAACAGUUGCUUAAACCCGGUCUUGUACUGCCUCACCAGAAGGGAGUUUAGGAAAAUGCUUAAAGACUUGUUUUGGAGGAUUUCCUCUCCGUCGAUGUCUAAGAGCUGCCAGAUUCGCCCGUUUUCAGCCAGUGUUAAAGGAGAGCCUGAGGACAGCCAGGCAGUGAUUCCACUCAAUGUAGUAGAAAGCGAGCAGUACAGACUGUCUUUGUUUAAUGUUCACUGCGACACCAUCCCUACAGCUCAUGGCUCGUUAUAAGGAGGCAAAAUAAUUGCAAUUAAAAAAAAUGUGUGCUCUGUUAUGUACAGUUAAAGUAUUAAAUUUCCUCCUAAAUUUGGAUUUGAUCUACUUUAAAGGAGCAGACCAAAGCCAAUCAGCACACAUUCUCAUAAUUAACACAUCAAGGUAAUUACUUAGAUUAUUUUUAAUCUAAGUAAUUAAGUCUUUUUAAUGAAAGUAUCUCACGCAGUGCGCAUUUGUGUUAACACCGACAUGUAAAAAUUGCUUAUUGCUGCUUUAAUAUCGUAGAUGUAAAUUCAAAAGCUUGACGUUUUGGCUGUUAUCAGAAUAUGUACACACACACACACACACACACACACACACAACAUUUUUUUUGUACAGUGAAAUCUGUUUUGGUGUACAGUGAAAUGUUAAUAACGUUUACAUUACAAUUGUUUUGGGAGGAAACUGAAACAAAACACGUUUACUAACUAAAUUUGCCGAACAAUUAUAUUCAGUGUUGUGUAAAUGUCCUAGCAUGUCAAUGUCCCAGUGUUUACAAUUUAAAUAGACCUAAAUUUCUUAAUUUAUCUUUGUUUGUUAAACGUAUUCAUUCUUUAAAGUUCUGCUAUGAAAAUAAAAUCUUAUGUGUCCUAAAAGUAUACACACGUUCUUAUUAAUCUAAUGGUUUUGCCCCAAGGGAAAUGAAUGUACACAAAUCUGACAAGGCUUCUGAUCUGUAACGUGAGUAAUAAAGUCUUAUCUUAUCGA